GUUUAUGUUUAAUAGACAGAGUCCGGUCGUUUCAGAAUCGGGAACAGCAUGGCUUCUCUCAGUGAGGAACUUGCGAAACUAGCUAAUCCGACACCGGUAUUCAGAGAUCCUGAGGACGACAUAGAUGAUGAUACUACUGCAAAGAUUGUCCAAAACGAUUAUGAUGAAGACUUUGAUGAUGAUGGUGAUGAUGACAACCAAUUUAGCCAGCUUCGCAGACAAACCGCUGCCAUAUUAGCUGAUUCUGAUAACAGAUAUGCAGGGGCAAAAGUGACACGGAAAACUCUGAAGAAAAUAUCAAAUGACGAUGACUCAGAUGAUGAAAUUGAUCAAUCAGCAAUUGAUGCCCUGGAAAAAUCCUUGAAGGGAGAAGAUGAAAGUAUGGAUGAAGAUGAUGGAGACAGUGAUGAUCAUGAUGCAAUUGAUGAUGAUGAUGAUGAUGAUGAUGCAAUUGAUGAUGAAGACUUACAAAUGUUCAAGUCUGAACUGAGUACUGACAAAAAAGGAAUUUAUUUUGAGGAUGACGGAGAUUACAGCAAAUAUGCAGAUGAUGAUGAUGAUGAUGAUGAUGGAGACAGCGAUGAAGAAGAUGAAUAUAAAGACGAAAAGAAAAAAUAUGAUAAUGAAGACUCUGAGAUAGAAGAAGAUGAUGAUGAUGAUGAUGAAGAGGAGGAUGGAGGCAUUGAAAGUUUUUCCCGAUCAAACCAGAGUGAGGAAAUACAGAAGGGGAAAGCGGCCCAGUCUCAGCUAGGACUCUGGGACAACCUUCUGGAGGAGAGGAUAAAAGUGCAGAAAGUGGGGUCUGUUAUCAACCAGCUACCUCAGCCUUCCACCUGGGAUCUGUUUAUGAAACAAGGGGGAGAUAACUAUAAGCAGGCAGUCACUGAUGCCCAGUCGGUGCUGAAGAAGCUGCUGGACAGCCUGCUACAGGCCCAGACACUGCUGCUGCACCAGAACCAGGAGACGAGGCAUGUGGUGGAUGGAACCGACCCCAAGCUUGACAAUGGAAGUAAACCUAACUCUGACGAUGAUGAAGAAAUCACCAGCGAAUCGGAAACAGAGUCGGCACCAGUAGUUGAGAAACCUCAAAGACAGCAGACAGACAUACAAGGGCUCAAGAGGAAAUUCAAGAUGUCAGACUACCCUGAUUUUCUGGCAAAGAGACACACAGGAUUUGCAACUUACAGAAACGAGACCCUGCACAAGUGGAAUGACAAGACCCGGCUUGCAUCGGGGAAGAUCAAGGGGAAAUCAUUCAGUGCCCUGGAGCAGUCAGCCCUCAAACAGAUCGAACAGAUAAUGCGAGACAAGGACCGCCUCAUCAGACGUACACAGCUGAAGAGAAGUGGACAGAGGAUCCUUGGAGUGGAGGAGAAGGUGGCAGAGGAGAACCAGAGGCGCGCCGAGGACAAUCAGGAGGCAGCAGCGGCAACAGCUUCUCCUGGGGAUGACUAUGAUGGCGAGGUGUUUGAUGACAGCGACUUCUACCACCAGCUGCUGCGGGAGCUGAUCGAGAGGAAGACAAGUGAACUCAAUGACCCAGUAGCAAUCAGCAGGCAGUGGCUAGAAAUUGAGAAGUUACGUACGAAGGUGAAGAAGAAGAAGGUUGACACACGAGCCAGCAAAGGGAGGAAGAUCAGGUAUGACGUCCAUGCAAAGCUAGUCAACUUCAUGGCCCCAAUGGACCACUCCAUCUGGUCUGAUGAUGCAAGGAAUGACCUGUUCAAGUCACUGUUUGGAAAAACAGUCAGAAUAUGAACAGACAACACAGGAAGGAGAUGAGGCCCACCAUUUUAGACAGUCACCGAAUUAUCAGAGGAACUUGCUCCAUCUUGUGGAUGCCCUAAAAUAUGGUAUCCAAAAUAUAGGUUUCCUGUUUAUAACAUGCGCUAUCUGAAAUUAUACAGAGAAAUCUGUGGCAUUCACUACAGUGGCGGCCAGCUUGAUACGUCUUCAAGCAACUACAUGGAUUCAGUGGUCCGACUGGCUUGGUUGAAAAUGUCAUUGUCACCCAAAACUAUGGGUUGUUCACAACGACAGUCACUGGAUUGUCUGGUCCAGUCUUGAUUAUUUAUAGACUGCCAUCAUUUAGCUGGAAAAAGCUGAGUGUGGUGUUUACCAGCAAUGAGAGGAGUGAAACACACCUCUCACACAGGCUAAAGACUUCUGUAUGUCCAAUUGGUCACCUCCAGUAGCAUAAGGUAUCCAAGCAAAGAUGAUGAAGAUGAAGAACCUGUUAUUGUUGAUUUAAGUAUCAUGUAAAUAUAUGUGAUAUAAAAUAUGAGAAAUGUCA